AUGCGCAAAGACUACAACACGCGCCCCUUCAAGACGGAAGAGGCCGCAGAGGAUCCUUUGCGCCAAUUUGAUACUUGGUUCAAUGCCGCGCUCACGGCAGGCCAGGAUGAGCCCAAUGCUAUGACUCUGGCCACGGUCGACUCCAACGGCUGGCCCAAUGCGCGCAUGGUCCUGCUCAAGGGCUACGACGGUGCCCGCUUCCGGUUUUUUACCAACUACAAGUCGCAAAAGGCCGCAGAACUGGAGGAUGGCAAAGCUGCGCUGGUCUUUUGGUGGCCAACUUGUCACCGCCAAGUGCGCGUCCGCGGCCGUGUCGAACGUCUUCCUGCCAAAGAGUCGGACGAGUACUUCAAUAGCCGUCCCCGUGGCUCCAAGAUUGCUGCCAUCUGCUCCAAGCAGGGCCAGCCCCUCAAGGAUCGCGAAAGUUUUGAACGCAAGGUUGAGGAGCUAGACCGUAGCCAGGAUGAUGUUGAACGUCCUGAUUACUGGGGUGGCUUUGCAGUGAUUCCCGAGCAAUACGAAUUUUGGCAAGGGCAGAGCUCGCGCCUGCACUACCGUCUGACCUACCAUCAAGACUCGGAAGGUGCCUGGUCUCAGGAGAUUCUGUACCCUUAA